UUGGCACUGACAGCAGCCCAGUUGAAAGAGCGCAGUUAACAAAGUUUCCCAGCCGUUUUCGUAAAAAACUCAAAAAAGCCCCAAAAAGCCCCAAAAUUGUUCCAGUGAUUCGUGCGAUCCGCUCCCCCCAGUCCGCCCGGCCCGCAAUUGAGGUGAUUCCCCCCAGUGAGGCUCCAGGAGCGCAGCGCGAUGUCCCAUUACAGUGACGCCGAAGACUCGCUCACUGAGACGGAGCACAGCGGCAUCAGGCAGCGGAAGCUGUGGGACCCGGAGUCCGAGUCCAUCGCCUCCGAGUUCAAGGAUCUGCUGGAGGACGAUGCCAAUUCUCUGGUGGAGGAGGACUGUGUGGGGUGCCCGUUGCCCUCCACUCCGGAGGACGAGAACGUGCUGGACUCCGAGAUGAGUGACGUCCUCAAGGCCGCCGUGCUAGGUACAGCCGCCUUGUUGCCGAAAUUUUCAGGCGACGAGCUCGACAUCAGCACGCUGGCGCACAGUGCGGCAACGCAGGCCGAGCACGUGGUGCGAAAGAUGAUCGCAGUGGGCUGGAGCGUGCGCCACUUCCACCACUUGCCCGAUUGGCUGCAGGACAACGACUUUUUGCAGCGCGGCCAUCGGCCGCCCUUGCCCAGCUUCCGGGAGUGUUUUCGCAGCAUUUUCCGCAUCCACACCGAAACUGGGAACAUCUGGACGCACAUGCUGGGAUGUGUGGCUUUCAUCGGAAUUGCCAUCUAUUUCCUGAUGCGGCCCACGCUGGAGAUCGAGCUGCAGGAGAAGAUCGUGUUUGGGGCGUUCUUCGCCGGCGCCAUCAUCUGCCUGGGGUUCUCCUUCAUGUUCCACACGGUCAAUUGCCAUUCGCAGUUCGUCGGCAAGCUGUUCUCCAAGCUGGACUAUUGCGGCAUCGCCCUGCUGAUCAUGGGCAGCUUCGUGCCGUGGCUCUACUACGGCUUCUACUGUCACUUCAAGCCCAAGGUGAUCUACUUGUCGGUGGUGUGCGCGCUGGGGAUCACCAGCAUCAUGGUGUCCCUGUGGGACAAGUUCUCCGAGUCGGGCUGGCGCCCCUUUAGGGCCGCAGUCUUCAUGACCUUUGGGCUGAGCGGCAUCAUCCCCGCCAUCCAUUUCGGCGUGGUGGAGGGCUGGUUCACCCACGUGAGCCAAAAGUCGCUGGGAUGGCUGAUUCUGAUGGGGGUUCUCUACAUAAUGGGCGCGAUGCUCUACGCCCUGCGCGUGCCGGAGCGCUGGUUCCCCGGCAAGUUCGACAUCUGGUUCCACUCGCACCAGAUCUUCCACGUGUUUGUGCUGGGCGGGGCGCUGGUUCACUACCACGGCAUAUCGGAGAUGGCCAUGCAUCGCGUCACGAUCGGCCAAUGUGAGAUCACCGAUCAGCUGAUCUACUAGAGCAGGACUGCUCACCCCACAAUAUAGAUAUAUUUGUACUAACACAGGGAACCAAAGAAGUUUUUACCCCGGAUGUUUGAGCCCGAUUUGGACUAUUUUGUGAUCUUGUACAGGCGAAAGGGCGGCGGACUUUCACAGGCAAAUUCCAUCAUUAAAAACCUUCAAUUCUUGUCGAGCUGUUUAAAAUAGGGGGCGCGCGUCGGUAUCCACUAUCCGCCCUGGCUUUAGGUAGGAGGUAGGGACUAAACUGUAUUUUGCUCUUCAGUAGGGCGCAUUUUCGUGCCCGGUCGGUUUACUUAACUGUUAAUUUUCUGUUGUUUUUGCGUGUUAACGCGUAGGCCCCUGAAGGGGCUGGGGAGGGCUAUAGGGGUUUGUAAUGUUAUCAAUAAAACUCUUUAUCAGUUA